AUGUCAAAGAGGAUGUCAAAAACCCUUCGAAAUUACAUCUCCAAGAUCAAACCUUCCCAACGUUCCAUGAUUCAACUAGCCUCCAAGAAAUGGGUCCUCAAAGGGUGCAAGCAUCCUAGGACUCCUUCUCUUGAUAUGGACAAAAAGAAAAACAUCGUUGUUGCCACCAACGCCAAGGACGACGAAGCCAUGUUAGCAGACAUUGACCGUUUUCUUGUCGAGAAUUUCAAGAAUCUAUUCCUCGACGAUGGUGAAGAAACCACCGGCAACAAUCAAUCCAAAGAAAAAGACUCUCUCAAACUAGACUCUAUCAGAUUUGACUCGUCCACAAGGUUCGAUGAGUCGCCACUGAACCUCUUCACAGACACAACCACCGAAGCAGGAUCCAGUUGGGCUAUGUCUGAGAGAGAGGGUGUGGAGGAGCAAACGCCGGUUCCAAGUGACUGCUUGGUGGUGUUGGCCAACUCCAUCAGACCCAAUGAGGAUUUCCGCCGAUCCAUGGAGGCCAUGGUGGAAGCAAGAUUGAAGAAGUGUGGAAAGGUGGAUUGGGACUUCAUGCAUGACCUUUUGUUCUGUCACAUGAAUCUGAAUCAGAAGAAGUGGCACAAGUUCAUUCUCAGCGCCUUCGUGGACGUGGCCACCACCAUGUGCCACCCGCCUGAGAUUGCUCCGGAGAAGCCCCUGCCGCCGCGGAGCGUUCGGACUGUUAGGAUCGGAAGGGAGGUGCGGAAGAAGACAAAGGAAGCAGUCACCUUGGAAUUUGGGUCGUCCUAA